GUGCUCGCAGAGAACGAGAACCUGAGGCUCAGGCUGGACGCAGCUGAGCAGCGGCUGGCCAUGGGCGAGCAGCGAGCAGGAGAUCGCGGCCUUGGCGCAGCAGCAGCAGCAGGUCUCGGCGAAUGCCAGAUGGUCGACGCGAGGCUGCUGAACAAGCCGCGCACGUUCACGGGCCUGCGCUCAGAGUGGAAGACGCGGUCGCUCGACUUCGAGGCCUACGUGUUUGCGGCCCACCCCCGACUGGGGGAUCUAGUCAACCAGGCAUCGAGGACAGCCGACGUACUGACUGCGCAGAGUGAGAUGGACGCUGCGCUGAACACUCGGUUGUACUACAUUCUGGUCUCGGUGACCUCAGAUGUGGCCAGGGUCGAGGUCAGAAAGGCUUCGCGAGGCGACGGGCCCUCGGCAUGGUGGCACCUGCUGAGGGAGUUCGCGCCGAAGGAGGCGAACCGCAUCGCGGCCAUGCUGGGCCGCAUCAGUCGGUGCGAGUUCGCCGGCCCCGCGAUUGCGAACGUGGCGGGGUUUGAGCAGCCGGCGCGGGAGUGCACUUACCAGAGUGGCGACGUGGCCUCCGACAACAUGAAGCGCAUAUUGUCGACGCGAUUGGCAGGAGCAAAGGGGGCCGCAGAGGCAAAGGCAAUGGGCAAGGACAGCAAAGGCAAGCCCAGGGGCGACUCCACGGGCAAGAAGGGCGACUCGAAGGGCAGGGGCCGAGGGACACGCAACUGCCACUACUGUGGGAAGGUAGGCCAUCUCGCGGCGGACUGCCGCGCGAAGAAGGCCGAUGAGGAGUGUUUCAGGAAGGUUGCCGCGCUGACGGAGUGCCCCCAUGGACAGUCUUCGGCCGCUAAUGCGGCUUCAGCUCUGCAGGGCAGCGGCGCUGGCUCGCAGGCCAGUCUGGCCCCCGCCGUAGAUGUCUCGCACGUGGCGGCGGUACUGGCGCAAUUGCAGCUGCUGCAGCAGCGGGGCUUGGCUUCUACGAGCCCAACCGUCCACGUCGCGAACAUCAGCGUGACCGACCGUACCGACAUCCCAACGCCCGGGGUUUACCAUUGGCAGUUCGGCAUGCUCUACGACAGGACGCAGUGUGACGCGCUGCCAGUGACGGUCGGCGGCGCGGUGGAGUUCGACUGGGCGCUCUUCGACACGGGCUCAGGAUGCACCACCUGCCCCGCAGGAGCUCGCGGACGCGACCGCGAUGCUGCGCCCAAGAUGCUGCCUCUUUAUGAGUUGGCGACGGGCGACGAGGUCAAAUCCAUGGGCGCGAGGAUCGUCGCGGCCGAGAGCGACGGGGUACCUCUGCAGAUCGAGUUCCAGGUGGCGAGCGUGCAGCGCGCCAUCGUGGGCGCGGCGCGGACACUUUUUGCCGAGGGCGGCCACUUCCAGAUCCUCGGCAAUGAGCCCUACAUGCUGCUGACGGAUGGCGGCAAGAUCAGGUUGUGCAGGAGCGGGAAGACGUUCUGGCUCAGUAUCAGGAGGCCUGCCGAGAACGUUGCGGGGCCUAUCCUCGCCAACCCAAUCGAGCCGAACAUUGAGGCGCGAUCCGUACCUCACGAGGCACGUGCCGACGAAGAAGGUGCAUUACCUGGAGCAGAAACCGCAGCACCAUGCCGAUACCAGUGCCACUGGCACCGCUUGCUGCUGGGGGCGCCCAGGAUCAACCUGACCAAGAGGGAGAUCAGCGUGAAGGAGUGCGACGACAACGCGAAGGCGGAGCGCUACUACGAGUUUCUGGGCGACCCGCUCACAGUGCUGAACAUUCUGGAGUUCCAGUCGGGAGCGAUCGAGAGCGCGCAGGUGACAACAAAGGGGCCUGCAGAAUGCGCCGUGGCAGUGACGACAGCGGCGAUGCGCACGUGGCGCCUCGGCGUCGAUGGCGAGCCCGCCAUCCAGGCGCUAGUCCGAGCCGCGCAGCCGGCUCGAGACGAGGAGACCGUUCCCCACAGUGGGCCCAGGCGAGACCCCAAGAGCAAGGGAGCAAUCGAGAACGCCAACAAGAUGGUCGAGGGCAUGUUCCGCACUGGGGGCAUCGAUCGAGUCUCGGGUCGCUCCUACGGAGGAGCUGUCUGCGAUAACGGCGAGACGGUGAUGUACAAGAUCCAGGGCAUAUCCCACCACAAGGCUGGGAUCCGGUGGGGCAAAGCCAUUUGGGUCGGGAAGGCCAACCGCACGGACGAGCACCUCUUGGCGACCGCUGCUGGCAGAAAGACGGCGAGGGCCAUCAGUGGGCGCGUGGGGGGCCAGCGCUGGUCCAAGAGUUUGUUCAACAUGGUCGAGCGCGCGCCGUGGACAGUCGCGCGGGACCAGAAGCAGCACCGCUGCCACCGCGCCGUCGCUACAUCACGAGUGCGAUCAUUGGUCGAGCGGGGCCUGCACCUGGCUGUGACGGCUGCCGCGGACUCGGCCAUCCACUCACUGAAAUCCUGCCGACAGCGCAUCGAAGGAGCACCGUCGGACCCCAUGCAGCAGGACGCCGUGGAGCUGCUGCAGCUGGACGGCAUUGAGCUCGGCAUGAUCGACAUGGAUUCCAACGUCGCCUUGACGGAGGCGAAGCGGGGGCCGACGCAGAAGGUUAUCGCAGGCUUGUGCGUGGACAUGCCGACUGCAGUUCUCGCGCUGACAUGCGACGCCAUCCCCCGCGACAACGCGACGGACAUCAGCAAGCAAGGCAGGGGGAAGGAGCACAGGCAGAUGGAGGAGUUUCAGGUCUUCGGUAGAGUGCCCAAGCAUCUGGCGAAGGGCGAGCGCGUCCGAGGGAAGUGGAUCCACGCCGACGAGGGCGGCAAGUUGUCGGCUAGAUCGCGUUUCGUGGCCAUGCAGUUCGCCUGGGACGUGCGCGAAGGCACCUUUGCAGGCGCUCCACUUUUGGCAGCAUUCAGGCCAGUGGCCCCCGUCGCCUCAAGCCUCUACUCCACGGGGGUCGGCUGCGAAGGCAUGAUCGCGCUCUACGGCGGGCCGGUGGCUUUCAUUCACGCGCGCAGUGAUGCGGACAUCCAUGCGGCCUCACCUCGCGGAGAGGAACCAGAAGGCAUCGUUUACCAGUUGACGCGAGGUCUCUACGGCACGAGACUCGCAUCGUUCCUGUUCCAGAUCUUGAUCAUGGAGGCCACGGGUAAGGGCGUAUUCGUGCGCGUCAAGGUGACGGUGCAGGUCUACGACCGCAAGGGGAGGCUGUUGAUGGUGAUCGUGCAUGGGGGUGACUUCCAGGCUGGGUUUGGCAUCCAGCACGACCGCAAGCACGCGAAGAUUCCGGUCAGCACCAUGCUCAGCAGGAAGGUCGGUGAGAGCAGCAGCACGAAGCGGGCGAUCACCCUUUCCUCCAAGACCACUGGGAAGAAUUGCAGGGAGUCAUCGGGCGAGCUCAGCACGGAGCACGCGACCACCUACCGCAGCGUAGCACCCACUGCUUUGCACGUGGCUCACGACCGAUUCGACAUCCAGCAAGCCGUGGGAUACCUCAUGAGGGGCAUGGUUGGGCCCACCUGGCACCACUGGCUAUUGCCACAGCGGCUGGCGAGCUACCUGGAGCAGCGCCCGCAGUUCGAGCUCUUUUUCCGAGUUCCAAAG